CGGCUACCGGUGACGAUUGAGGAUUGACAAAAAAUUUGUUGCUUCACGUCAGCCACUGUAUUUUUAAUAUUUUUUUCAAAACAACGGCAUUUUAUAUUGGUCUUUACUUAUUUAUUACAUAGAAAAAAAUUAUCGAAUGAAAAUAUGGAUUAUAUAGCUUCAGGAAAAGGUGACACAACAGAAAAUUGCGAUCCAAACUUAAUAUCAAAUGGAAAUACUAAGACUGCUUUAGACAAACAAAUUGCAGAUAAUGAUAAAGACCCCGCGGAAGCCCCCGCAGAGAGCGCGGCCUGCAGCUCGGAAUCGAUUGAAGAUUCUGUUUGUGAAAUUCCUGAACAAGUCGAAUUUACAAUAGUUUUUAAUAAAGUCAAACACGACAUAACAUUUGCUUACGAUGCGACUGUGUUAGAGCUAAAGGCUCACUUGGAGAGAAUAUGCGGAGUGCCGCAAUCAGCACAGAAACUAAUAAUCAAAGGCAUGGCCCGGGAUACCAUGACACUCAGGAAAGCUGGAGUAGUCAAAGGUGGGAAAGUGAUGCUGGUCGGCUCUAAAAUGGAUGAUAUUUUGGCUGUGAAGAGUGCACCAAAGGAUGUAGAUGAGAAAUCAAGUAGUCAGUCAAGUAAGGAACCACUUUGUAUGCAGAAGAAUCAUAGAAAAGUCCUUGAUAAAGGCAUUCCACCAGAUGUUAUGCCUGGAAUAAAAGGAGUUAAGGAACCAUUGCCUCCUAUCCCACUCAGUGGUAUGUUAAAUAAACAUGGGGGUAAAGUGAGGCUAACAUUCAAACCUGAACAGGACCAACUUUGGGUUGGUACAAAAGAACGAACUGAAAAACUUGCCAUGACAUCUAUUAAAAGUAUAACUUCAGAACCCAUCAAAGAACAUGAAGAAUACCACAUUAUGGGUCUGCAGUUAGGGGCGACAGAAGCAUCAAGGUAUUGGCUAUAUUGGGUCCCCGCUCAGUAUGUUGAAGCUAUCAAGGAUGCAGUACUCGGUGUUUGGCAAUUUUUCUAAUCAAAUUGAAUUGAACUUACUGCCCAAUUGUUCUCCGACUUUCUAUGAAUACUACUUGGGUAGUUGCAAUAUUAUAGAAAUUUUAUGAAGCCUUAGCAUGCAAACUUUAUUUUUUUUAUAAUGAAAUUUGACGUCAGUGAUUUUUUUAAAAUUUUGUUAAGCUAAGGUUUCUUUUAUUUAACAGGUAUAUGAGCAUUCGAUUUUUUUUAAAGUAUUGCUUAUACACUAUGUUUAUUGUUUUGUGAUAUUUUGCCAUGUCAAAGUCCACUAAAAUACUGGCAUCUGAUUUGAUCAAAUAAAUUAUAUAUAUUUUUUGCUAUUGUAAAAUUGCAUUCAUAUGCAUAUUUGUGUUUGGGAGCUGUACAAUUUUGCCUGAUAAUAAUAAUUCUUAUUGGAAACUUAUUACCAUAAUAUCAGUAAGUGUUUGUAACAACUCAUGAGGUUAGUCUCUCCAGAGUUUCAAACCUGAUCUCUAUGUAAACUUUUAAAGUAUUUGGUCUUUUAAAUAAAGAAUUUAGUUGGAAGAACACAAAGUUGACUUUAUGUAUUUGUGGCGGAUGUUCUUCAACUUGGUUCUUCUAACUAUGUCUUUAUUAACUGAUAUUGAUCAUAGAAAUAGAUAAAAAAUUAUUAAAA